CUGCUUGUUUGUUCGCUCGCUGCUUUGUUGUUUGCGGGAACUCAUUCACUCCCCUCACGAAGACGAAGCCCCUCCCCUCCACUCCACUCCACUCCUCCACUGCUGCUGCUGCUGCUUCUCCUUCUGCUGCUGCUGGUGGGACUGCUGCGGCGACCUCUCUCUCUCGCUCACAGUCGUCUCAGUGUCUUUUCUUCUUCUUUCUGCUCCACAUCACUCGCUCGCUCGCUCGCCCGCUUGCUUGCUUGCUUCGGUCGGUCGGUCGGUCGGUUGUGCUAUAGCCUCUACAGCUGCGCUUUGGUUCUGUAAAUGUCACUUCCCUCAGCGUAAGCUCCUGUGAAUUACAUUGUAAGUUACUCGGAAUUCUUUCCACUGCAGCGGCGGAGCACCACAGCACAUCACAAUUAGAGAAGGGAAGGAAAGUGGAGAGAAGAGAAGAGAAGAGAAGCCACGAGACGGGGAGCUUGAGAAGUGAGCGAGCGAGCGGGAGGGGGAGAGAUUGAGUCCUAGCUUCUGCUUUCUUACUCUUCACACUAGCUCGCCUCUCGCUCUCUCGACCCACCGGGCCCCAUCUCCUUCUCCAUCCCCAUCCCAGCCCCAGCCCCCCAGCCCAGCCCAGCCCAGCUUUGCUUUGCCUUGCCUUGCCUUGCCUGUCCUGGCCUGACCUGCGCCUGCGUGCCUGCUCGCUCGCCCGACCCGCCCCCAUUCUUGUCAUAUACAUGUACACUGAGUUCCACAGCUCCAGCUUCAUAAGUCUCUCUCCUCUGCUCGUCUCCAUUCCCCCCUCCCCCUCUCCCGCUCUCUCUCUCUCCUCCUCUCCUCUCCUCUCAUCUCUCCUCUCUCCCCAUCCAUCCUUUAAACGACUCUCUCUCCAUCCUCUCCUCCCUCUUCUUGUAAGUACCCCGUCCCAUCAUCCUGACCACUAGGGAGCUAGAGGCAUCAGUCCUCGGACUUGUACAAAUUCGAUCGAAGCGAGCUUUGACUUGUUUCGGGGCUCCUGCUGCGUCUGCUCAUUCUGUUUCUGGCCCGAGUGCCCUCCUCUCGCCUCGCUUCGUCCCUCGGCUCGUCGCAUCGGAACGAACGCCCGUCCGUCUGAACUCUGGUCCCCUGGGUCGUGUAGAUACGGAUUUUAAGGGUGCUAGGGAGAUUUUACAGUUUUGGCGGUGUGGUAUUACGUACUACUAUAGGCGGUGUGGACUUUUGAGGUGCGUAGCAGACACGAAUUUGGGUCCAGCAAAGGCCCGUAUCACAACAAUUGGCAACCGCGGGUGCGAGAUCAUCUGUAGCCCGUCAGGAAGCCAGCAGCUGGCAAGCGAAAGAAGCAGCUGCACGAGAAUUACCAGGUCCGGUCUGAAUCUGAGGAUUUAAGGACCGAACGACUCGGUGGUCGGUUGGUUCUGUGGAGAAACUGGAGGUGUGGCUUCCCAGGGCUGGCUUGACAGAUUGAUUGAUUGAUUGAUUGACCAAAGUGGAGUGCACGGUUGAAUUGACCUCGACUGUACUCUACUAUUUGACGUAUGCCUCCCAGAUUUGGCUGUUGACAGUCCUUACUCCACUACCACGACCACGACUCGCAGUAGCACGACGACACUGCAGCAGCAGCUCGUUCGAGGUGAAGAAGAAGAAGAAGAAGGUCCAUUUGCGUCGAGCAAGAUACAAGGCUCUGAAAGACGACGUGGUGCUGUAUUUGCAGCUUGAAUACCAUCAUCCUCGUUGAGAAGAAGAAAGCGGCACCGCAUGACUGUCUGUCACAUACCCGAUAAGAUGUCCCGCAUACAAGGAAAGGUGGAGGAGUCUCAAAGCCCUUGGCUUCCUCCGGGCUUCCGCUUCCAUCCCACAGACGAGGAGCUCGUCACUUACUACCUUGAUGGCAAGGUCAGGGCCGGCAACCAGAACGUCCACUGCCAGGCCAUUACGGAAGUAGAUCUCAACAAAUGCGAACCGUGGGACUUGCCUGCCAAGGCGAAGAUGGGCGAGAAAGAGUGGUACUUCUUCAGCCUACGCGACCGAAAGUACCCGACGGGAAUGCGUACGAAUCGCGCCACCGAGGCCGGAUACUGGAAAGCCACGGGCAAAGACCGCGAGGUCAUGAGCAGCCGCAACGGCAGGCUCGUGGGCAUGAAGAAAACUCUGGUCUUCUACCGCGGUCGUGCUCCUAAAGGCGAGAAGACCAACUGGAUCAUGCACGAGUACCGAAUUGAGGGCGAGCAGCCCAAUCAAAUUCACUCCCCCAAGUUGUCCAAGGACGAGUGGGUGGUGUGCCGAAUCUUCCAGAAGAGCGCGGGCGGCAAGAAGAAUCCGAUGGAGUGCAACCGCAGCUCGAGCUACAACACGGACGCGCAGGGGCGCUCGUCGCUGCCGGCGCUGCUCGAGAGCCCGAAUCCGAAUUCGGUGGGAGAAGAGAGUGACACAUGCCUGAUCGAUGGCAAUUACCACGCGCUCGACAACAUGGGCGCGGCAGCGGGGGCCGGCGGAGGCGGCAACAAGAGCAACAACAGCAGCAACAACAACAACGCGGCCACCAACGCCAACAAUCCCAACCCGUGGCAGCUCAAGGUCGAGCUCGAAGACACUUUGGAGAGCCUGCAAGGCAAGAACGCCAGCGCGCUGCUCAGAUGCCCCUCGUACAUCAUGGACAGCAUCUUCACCGAGAUGGGAGCCGGGGGCGCUUCGGCUCUGAAGCUCGGCGGAGGCGCUGCCGGCGCUGGCACCUUUGGCCCCAAGCUCGCCCGCCAGGACACCUUGACGCAGCUGCAGGCGCAGAAUUUGAGCAUGACGCUCAAGUAUCUGGAGCACCAGCAACAGCAGCAGCACCAGCAGCAGCACCACCACCACAACCAGCGCGUGGGCAUGAAUUCGUCCAUGCGCGCCUGCAAGGCCGAGCCCUAUGCGGGCGAGGAAGACGACGCGCAGAGCAGCCAGAGGUCGAGCAUGAUGGAAUCCUGGGUCGGCGAGUCCAACGGGUUCAGCACCGGCGAGGCAGGCCCCGGCGCAGCAGGAGGCUUGCAAUCGCUCGGCUCCGAAUCGGGCGUGGCGGAAUUGGAGCAGGCCUCCUUGUUCCGAACCUUCAAUCGGGGCAUGUUCCCGGACCCCUCCAACUCGUGCCCGGAUAUCGUCGAGGGAUUGUGGUCUUACUGACCCUCGCCGCUGUCGCAGUCCAUAUCUCGACAACGACCACACUGUGAGGCAUGAUGAUGAGGAUGAUGAUGUCGUCGUCCGAAUGGUGUUGCCCCUUGUUAAUACUUUGCUGUUGUUGCUGCUGCUGCUGCUGUUCUGUCAUCGCCCUACGACGCUACAACACCACACCACCAACCUCUAGUAAUUGCUGUAGUAGCUUAUGCAGCAGCAGCAGCAGCACGAUGAGGAUGAGGAUGAGGAUGAUGAUGAUGAUUUUAUAUGAUUGAUGAUAGUCGAAGUUCCCUCUGUCAGUCGGAUUGGAUCAGAUUAGAUCAGCAGACUAGGCCAGGAUGAAGAAGACGGUGAAGAAAGGGACUGUCGAGUUUACACAAUUGGUUCUGAGCACAAUCGAAUGGUGCCGGCGUGCCAAUCUCAUUCGCACACGAAGGUGAUGAAGCCACCGAGUACAGACCAGAUCAAACAUGACAAGACCAGACCAGACCCUUGAGGUAAAUACUGUGUUUUUUGUAAAUAUAGUCCACACAAUUUGAAGACGACGACGUUCGAAGAAGAAGAAGAAGCAGAAGAAGACGACGACGAAGAAGGAGGAGGAGAAGAAGAAGAAGCUGAAGUAGACGACGAUGAUGGAUGGACGGGUGGUUGGGCUGCAACGAGCCAUGAUUUGUUGGCAAAGGUUCUCCGGUGGGUGGGUCGAAAGAGAGAAGACUUUCCUGCAUCGGAUGAGAUCUAUGUUUCAAGACAUGGCGGCAGCAACAGCAGCUGGAGGAGGGAAGGAAGGGAGGAAGGGAGGAAGGGAGGAAGGAUAGAUAGAUAGAUAGUUAGUCGGAUGGAGAAAUAGUCGGUCCUCGGAUUGAUUGCUACCGAUGUGGGUUCUUAGGAAGAAUGAACGUGUGGGUAACACUCUAGAACAAUUGCUUGUUUGGAUGUGUUGGUUGGAUUGGACUUUCAACGGUGCACCCUGCGUUGUGGCUCGUCGGAGAGGUGAACAGCAUUGCAACCCUGAGUCUCGACCUUCGGAACUGGUGACUGGAAUGCGGAGGACCAGGCUUGGGUGCUGUUGCUGCCUGCAAUUGUUGAAGAGAAGAAGAAGAUCAAGAUGAUGAUGUUGAAGAAGUUUGGGAGAACAAGGAGUUCGCUUUUGUUUGCCUGACUGCCCGCCUGCCUGCUCAGCAGGAGCUUCCUCGGCUUAUGCACUUGAGGUUAUCAGAUACCGUAGUCGCAAGUGCUCUCGUUUCUCGUUCUGUUGCACGAAGAAUGAGAGGAAGAUGCAGAAGAAGAAGUAGAAGAAGAAGAAGACGAAGAAGAAGAUCAGAAGAUGAAGACGGGAUAUGAUGAUGGAUGGUGUUGAUGGUGAUGCUGACAGAUUUCUCAUCCGCUCUCGACGCAUCCAUCUAUCGAUCGAUCGAUAGCUCGCUCGCUCGCUCCGUUCGCAGGACAUGACUCACUCUCACUUACUCGCUCAUUCACUCACAGGAUUCGAUUCGUAGAAACAUGUAGAUGUAAACAUGAUGAUGAUUAUCAGUAGUUAUAGGGUCUGAUUCUUAGAAAUGAAAUAUUAUUUGCCAUUUUAGGUGACAGACAGACAGUAGUUGGUCUUAUUAUCGGCAUUUACUUCAUAAGUGGACUUUGUCAGUGGUGUGGGGAUGUGCUCUCGAGCGCCGUCCCUAUUUAAUUGAAGACAAUUUGUGACAUUUUUACAGAUUUCUGCUCAUAUGUGUGAGUGCCACGAGGCAUUUAUAGAAUGUAGGUUGGGCAAAAUCUCGCCAAAAUUUGCUUCGUAGCUCUUCAGAUAGGAUAUUAUCUCAUAUCUAUCGUCGGGUGGGAAGCUGCCUUCGUCGACGUCGUGUGGUUCUUAUUCAGAAGAGAGUCCUCUCGUCUCUGCUCCUUGCAGACAGGUCAAGCCAGAUCAUGCCCUGCUCUGAGCUGAACUGUAAAAGCUAUUUAGUACUUUUUAAGUUAGUAACCAGUGUUACCUUAUGUACAACUCCUCGUCAAUAAUCGGUUGAUAUCUAUAUGUACAUGUAU